UUCAAAACAAACGAAUUCAGGGAGCGAGGGAAGAACUGAGUUUUUGUAUUUUGUAAUUUGUAAUUUGUAAUUGAAUGAAACUUAAACCCUAAACCCCAAAUCAAAACCCUACACGAGGUUGGUUCCCAAUUCCCAUGGCUUCUUCUUCUUCGUCUUCAACAUCGAAGUUCAGUGUCCAUCAGAACCCUUCUUUCUCGGCGGUUCUCACUUCCAACAGUCUUCAACCUUCCAAUUUCACGAUCCUCUCCAUCCUCUCCUUCUUCUCCGCCUCUGCAUUCGCUUUUCUCGCCAUCAUCUUCAGGGAAAACGGUUUCAUCGACAUUUUGAGCCUCGGAUUUUUUUCCCCUGUCACAGCUUAUUGGCUUGCCAAGACGCUACAAGCUAUAGUGGGUAUUGUCUUCAUUGGAACUGUUUCUGCACUUCUCAAAGUUGUGUUUAUGCUUAGAGCUAGGAAUGCUGGAGGUGUAGUUGCCGCCAAGCCCGUGUCAGAUUCUAUCAGUGUUAAUAAAGCUGAGAUUUCGCUCACCAAACAUCAACUAGGGCUUUUAGGAGUGAAGUCAAAGGUUGAAUUGGCUCAACCUGACUCGGCAAAGAAGCCCCCCAAGGCUAAACCCCAAUUGCCUUCUUCAGAUUUGCUUGUUCCUCUUCAUCAGCCAAUUCCCAGCCCUAGUCGAGGAUCCUCGUCUCGCAUUGAUGCAGAUGGGUCGAAUUCUAACAGGGGUGUUGCUGCUCGCUCCAUUGGCACUCCCUCAAGGUCGCCAGGUUCGUUGUAUCUUUCUCCAGGUUUAGUUUCGCCACCGAGGAGUUCAAUUGGAGUGGAUACGGUGGUCUCGAGCCCUUGGUCCAAUAGGCGAGCCUCCUCUGCUAGUAAGAUAACAUCAGAGGAAAAGCUGGAAAAGUUCUUAUCUGAAGUGGAUGAAAGGUUCAAUGAGUCAGCAGGGAAGAUGCCUACUCCGCCUCCCACGGUUCCUGGUUUUGGCAUAGUGAGCCCUGGUACAGUUACAGGUUCGGGUAAUACCUCUGGAACUGCAAGGCUUAUGCCAUUGAGGCCUGUGAGGAUGUCUCCAGGUUCGCAAAAGUUUAAAACUCCUCCUAAGAAGGGUGAGGGUGACUUUCCUGCACCAAUGUCCAUGGAAGAAUCUAUUGAAGCUUUUGAACAUCUCGGCAUUUAUCCUCAAAUUGAACAGUGGCAUGAUCGACUCAGGCAAUGGUUUUCUUCAGUUCUGCUCAACCCUUUGCUUAACAAGAUUGAGACAAGUCACAUUCAGGUUAUGCAAGCAGCUGCUAAACUUGGUAUUUCAAUCACAAUUAGUCAAGUGGGCAAUGAUAUGCUGUCUUCUGGAACCCUUGCUGCUUUGCCAACAGUUGAUAAGAUUCAAGACUGGCAACCUGCCCUGACUCUCAAUGAAGAUGGAUUACUUCAUCAGUUACAUUCUAGUCUUGUGCAGGCCAUAGAUUCUUCCAAAUCCAAGUUGUUUGUAUCCAAUAUGCAACAGUCCCCACAGCAGGCUUCGCUAGUUCCUAUCAUGCAGGAUUGUGUGGAUGCUAUCACUGAACACCAAAGGCUUCAAGCCUUGGUUAAAGGAGAGUGGGUUAAAGGUUUGCUACCUCAAAGCAGUGUUCGUGCUGAUUACACUGUGCAAAGGAUCCGAGAGCUUGCAGAAGGGACCUGCUUGAAGAAUUACGAGUAUCUUGGAAGCGGGGAGGUUUACGAUAUAAAGAAUAAAAAGUGGACUCUUGAGCUGCCUUCUGAUUCUCACUUGCUGUUGUAUCUGUUCUGUGCUUUCCUAGAACAUCCAAAGUGGAUGUUACAUGUGGAUGCUAUGUCUUAUGCUGGAGCCCAGUCUGGGAAAAACCCAUUAUUCUUGGGAGUCCUUCCCCCUAAGGAAAGGUUUCCAGAGAAAUACAUUGCUGUACUGUCUGCUGUCCCUUCUGUGCUCCACCCAGGAGCAUGUAUACUAGCAGUUGGAAAGCAGGGUCCCCCGAUAUUUGCCUUGUACUGGGAUAAGAAACUGCAGUUUUCUCUUCAGGGAAGAACGGCACUGUGGGAUUCCAUCUUGCUUCUGUGCCAUAAGAUCAAGGUUGGGUAUGGAGGUGUUAUUAGGGGCAUGCAUCUAGGUGCGUCAGCUUUAAGCAUUCUCCCAGUUAUGGAAGCAGAUUCUGAAGAUUAAGUUCUAUAUGAUUGACAAAUCACUUUGCUUCUAUCAACAUUCAGCAUGCUGACUCAAACAUCUGCAAUAAAUUGCAUUUCUUGAAGUCAGGCAUUGCAGAAAAGAAUAUGCUGGAGGUGGAUCCCUCCUGAUCGAGUGUUGGUUAGAAUUACGCUGUAUCCUGUAUUCUAAAGGCCUUUACAAUGCACGGCUCAAUGAUUUCACUGUAUGUGGGACAUUGCACUUUGUCAAAAAUCAAAUUUGGAUACCUUAUGACCAGAAGAUUAACAGGUCUUUGUACCCUCCCUCCCCAAAUGCAGUUAGCUAUAUACAUAUUUUUCCACUGGGGAAAACUUGUCCGGGACCAUGUGACUUGGUUGAGAAAACUAAAACAACAGCAACUAAAGCAGAGCUUA